CAUAAAAAACGGAGCUAAUGUGCGCUGGAAUUCACAGAGGCGUAUUUUAAUACUAAAUAAAUGAAUAUUUCAUCAGUUUUUUUUUAUUUUAUUUUUAAUUAAUGGCUCUCUAUUCAAUAUCCAGUUCUUCUUCUUACUUUUACAGAUUUUAAUGGCAAUGUCAUGUGGGAAUGUUUAGCAGAAGAAGAAACUAUACAGAAUAAUAAACUGUUCUAGGUUUGGUGAAAGAAAGGAAAAUGCCUCUAGCAAGGUAUUUGUUGAGGAAUGAGUUUUGUUUGUCGGAUCCAGAGUUAUACAAAGCAGCAGAUAAAAAUGAUCCUGAAGCUCUUCUUGAAGGUGUUGCCAUGGCUGGACUUGUUGGAGUCUUGCGUCAGUUGGGUGACCUUGCUGAGUUUGCUGCAGGGAUAUUCAGUGACUUGCAUGAAGAAGUGAUGGCAACUGCUUCUAGGGGACAUAGGCUGAAGGUUCGUGUUCAACAACUUGAGGCAGAAUUUCCAUCAGUCGAGAAGGCAUUUCUUUCUCAAACUAAUCAUUCGCUAUUACUUUAUAAUGAAGGUAUUGACUGGCAUCCUAAUCUCCAAAUGAGCCAGAAUCUGAUCACAUCUGGAGAUUUACCUCACUCUGUUAUGGAUUCUUAUGAAGAAUGCCGUGGUCCACCUCGAUUAUUUCUGUUAGACAAGUUUGAUAAUGCUGGUCUUGGGGCUUGUUUAAAGCGAUACUCUGAUCCAUCGUUCUUUAAAGCGGAGGUAAGUUCCUUCGAAUCAAAGAAAGCGGAUACUCGAAAGGAAAAGAAAGCUCGCAAAAUCAGGAGAAAAGGUUCACAGUGGAGAAUUAGAGAAACAGCAGAAGGAUCUGCAAGAUCCCAUGCCAAGUUGCAUCAGUUGUUCUCUAAGGAACGCCAGCAGACUGAUACUAAUCUUCCAACGAACCGUGUAAAGCUGAAGAAGCGGCAAUUCAAUAGACUUCUUUUCGAUUCUAUAAGCGGAAAAAGCUAUAUGGAAAGAUUUCUUGAAUCUCGUUUACCUGAACGCUUGAAAUCCAGUAACUUUAGUGAAUUAAGUUAUGAAGGGCUUGAGCUCAGUACUCAGGACUCUGCCAACCAAUUGGUUAUAAGAGAUAGAGAUCUUGUUUCAUCUCCUACUAGCCACGAAAAAAUACUAGAAAUGUGCAUGGACGAACUAGAUGAGGAUGUCAUUGAAGAAGAAUUGAAAAAGUUGUCUUCACCCACGCCCAACUUUAACAAGCUGGUUGAUAGGAAGGUAGACGUGAUGGUUUCUAAGGAAAACAAAGGUGAAGGGAAAAUCGAUGGGUAUCGAUCUGAUGAUCUUACCAGUGAGGUUGACAAUUAUGUGGAUGCUCUUACCACCAUGGAAUCAGAAAUGGAAACUGACACUGAAUGUAGAACAAUGAAUGAGCAAGGCUUUUUCCACACUGAGAGAAUGCGAAUGGGUUCGAACAAAAGUGAAGACCUACAGGAGGUCCAAGGUGGGUUUUCAGAUUCUCAGUCAGUUGAAAAUUCAAGUGUGUCUGAUGAUGGAACUAAUUCAUUCAGAAAAGGAAGAUCUAGUUUUUCGUAUUCCGAUACCCCGAGCAGUUCAGCUGGGCAUGUGCUGUCAGAUGGUGAUGUAGCGGCUAAACCAGACCCAUCUACUGAAACCGUCCGUAGGGAAGUUGUUGAUUUAUCUUCUGCAAAGUUCUGUGAAAAUGGGGAUACUUUAGGAACUGGACCUUCAGAGCAUCGAGUCUCAUUUGGCGCCUCUAGUGAAGCAUCUGGAUUUCCAAGUUACAUAUCUGGACGCGGAGAACUAUCCCGUGAAUCUUCACUCACGAAUUCAAGUUUUACCGUCUCCCAAAUUAGUUCAAAAGAAAGUGAGAGCAAAUGUAAAGCCGUGAGAUCUGACUAUGUGGAAUCUCCUUCAAGCUAUCAGAAAGAUUGUAAAUUAUCCACAACUUCCAAUGGAGAUAACAACUUCAGUCGAAAUGUAUCACAUCAGGUAGAUUUCUCAUAUUUUCCGUCCCAUAUGGUAGAUGAUGCGCUCCCUGUGACAUCUGGUGAAGCUCUACCAGAUGUGUAUCUGGAUGGAGGGAUCCAUGAUGAAAGUUCGGGUUAUUUGCUGCAAUCGGUUAAUGUUUCGAACCUGACUCCUGGAAAGAGAGACAGUGAUGACACUCUUAAAGAGAUUCGGGGUGAAGAAUAUUCUGAUGAUAGCAGUUCGUUGGGAAAUGUGUCUCAUUUUGUUAGUUUGCCUACAGAAGAAUCACACAAUAAUCUGACAAGAAAAGACCUGGAAACUGGCUCUCCGAUCGCACCUCCACCUGAUUCACUCUAUGGUAGUUAUCUAAACAAAUUGGAACCUGCUGAUUUUCUAGAAUUAAACUUUCCAGAUGUGUCGAAUAAGGUCCCAGCAUCAAAAAUGGUUGGCACCACAACUUCAGAAAUUGAAAGAUCGUUCAACAGCAUGAAGGUGUCAUCUGAGUGUACACUGUGUCCACCCCCGAAUCAGGCAUCAGAAACCGAAGUUCAUUUGCAGCUAGCUGAUUCAGAAAGUGAAUUGUCAUGUGAAGCUUAUGAUACUCAAAAUGUUGUAGGUUAUGAUAAGGUCGCGUUAUCGUCUGAGAAUCACACAAAUUUACAAGAGGGAUGCCGUUCUCAGAUUGAGGAUCUAUUCCCUGACAAAUGUGUUGCUCGUAACGAGGAUUCUGGUCAAUUUAAAGUGGAGAUGCCUAACCCUUUUAGUUCAGAGGAUAUUACUGGGUCAGAUGCACAGAAAGAAGCUGUAAUUCCGGAUCCAGUUUCCCCUUCAGAACUCAAAUUUAUGAUCUCAGAUCCAGAGUUCUAUGACCCCUGUGCUUCCAAGUUACUCGGUUCUGUGGUGCUUCUCAAGGACCAGUCUGAUUUACAUCCCAGUGAUGAUAUUGGGGUUGCAACAUCACUAAGGCGAUGGGACCAAGAGUCGGAACUAAUAAAAUCACAGAAUACUGAUCUUACAGGGAGUGCAAACGAUGCAUCAUUUCCAUCUACCAUCCAUAAACUGUUAGAUUUAUCAUUGCCUAACCCUGAUGUUCCCGAAGUUAAUGUGACUGAGAUACCACCGCUUCCGCCUCUUCCUCCUAUACAGUGGAGAACUGGAAAGCUGCAACACCCGCCUGUUCCUUUGGAGAGAGAAACGGUUCAGUGUAGUCUAAACCCAUUCUCACCAACCACACUCUCUGAGAAAGCUCAGUGGUGUUUGCCAGAACUAGAUUUCGAACUGGAGCAGUCUUUAAACCCAUUCUUACCCAUGAGCAAUGAGAAGCUGUUAGAUGUUUCCCUAAGGGACAAAGAUAUGGGGACUGCCAGUCUGAAUCCAUUUUCACCACCAGUAUUGACAGAUGGGGAUGACAAUAUUAGCCAGGAGUUCCUUAAGCUAGAGAGAGUAGCACAACCUCUGAAUCCCUUUUUAUCCUCAGGCACAGAGUCGCAGAAUUUUUCAUAUUGUUCCCUUCAUUUAGGUGUGCAUUCUGACUCUAUCGAGUUCUCUCAGAUACCUAGUAGGGAAAAUUUGACGGCUCCACAUAUUUCAUUAUAUUGUGAAGAUCAGCAGAAUUUGAAAUCGUUAGCAGCAGUACAGGAUAGAGAAGAGGAGAUGUCCGAAGAUACUCACGGAUUAGCUCCUUCUCCAGGCAAUGCGGAUGCUGAUUGCAUUGAAUCUUCUCCGGCACCAAGUAAUGAAGUUGAGAAUGUUCAACCUUCUUCUCUUAGUGUAGAUGAUGAAGCGGAGCAGAGAUUGAACUCACAAUCACCAGUGCAGAAUAGAGAAGAAGAGACAUCUCAAGAUAAUUACCGAUUCGCUCCUUCUCCAAGUAUCGCAGAUGCUGAUUGCAUUGAACUUUCUCCGACACCAAGUAAUGAAGUUGAGAAUGCUGAACCUUCUUUCCUAAGUGCAGAUGUGGAUCAGACAUUCAACUCACAACCACUACUACCAGAUAGAGAACAAGAUGUAUCUCAAAAUACUCGUGAUUUCGCUUCUUCGCCAAGUAAUUCCGAUGUAAAAGCUGAUUCAAUCGAGGUUUCUCAGAUACCAUGUAAUGACGUUGUUAAUGCUCAGCCUUCUUUCCUAAACUCUAGCAGUGCAGUGGAGCAUAAUUCUAACCCAUUAUUACCAUCAUCAAUUCAAGAUAGGGAAGAAGAAAAAUAUCAAGAUACUCACGGAUAUGCUCCUUCACCAAAUAAUGCAGUUGUGAGUGGUGAAAAUUCUUCGUUGAAUAUAGAGGAUGAACUGAUCUCACCGUCGGCAAUACAAGAUACAAAAGACACGAGGCCUUGUGCUGCCUUGACUUCAGAGGAAGAAAAGCUGCAGCCACUAUGUUUGUUCAAACCAUGUUCAGCGGUGGAGGAUGAGAAACCAGCAUCAUCUGGGGAGGAUGAGGAACUACCAUCAAUGAUGGAGGAUGAGAAACAAACAUGGGUUGUACAAAACGAGAAAUCUCAACAUGCUUCCUUUUCACUGGAAAGAGAAAUGAUAUGGCACCCGGAUUUCUCCUCUAUGAUGCCACCAACGGAAGAGGAGAAGCCCAUUGGAAUUCGCAAGGCAUGGCUUCACCGUCCACGAGAUCCUCUCAUUCAGGCUGUUGCUUCUCAUGACAAAAGCACGUUGAGAAAGGUUUCGGAACGAGUUCAGCCUCAAACUGAGACAAAAGCAGAUGAAAGGGAUUCAUUACUAGAACAGAUACGAGCACAGUCCUUCAGUCUGAAACCAACAGUUUUAACGAGACCCAACAUUCAGGCUCCUAAAAGCAACUUAAGAGUUUCUGCCAUUUUGGAAAAAGCAAAUGCAAUUCGCCAGGCCUUGGCUGGGAGCGACGAGGAUGAUGACUCGGAAAGUUGGAGUGAUUCUUGAGAACCAGUUGGCUCUCUAGCUCUCUAUUGAUAGCAUGCUGUGGGCUCUCUCAAAUGAGGUUUGAUCCAGGUGACUUUGGAAUGUGUCUUAAACCAACCCCCACAUUCAUUUUCCUCCUGUUCCAUAUUCUUGUAAUAUAACCGUUUAGUUUUUUUUUUUUUGCAAAUUUGUAAUCAGUAGUUGAAUAGUUGUAGUUUACCCACUACAAUAGUGUGGGAUCGAAAAUAGUGUAUCAUGCGGACCAAACCGCCAGGAUUAGCGUGUAAACUGUGAACCAGUUUUUGCAUAUAUAUAAUCUUCUUAUUACUUUUGUCCC